UCAAUAGUUCGCACUCCACAAAAAAAAAUCAUGAAAAUAAUCAAAAUUAUCAACUAAAUCGUCUGCAAUAUUUCGUAACAAGUAAAAAUUAAGCUAAUUAACGUGCAAUAACUGAGGAAUUAUGUCAAGAAGUGCAAAAAACAAGGAAAACAAAACAAUUCGCAAUGAAUGCGUGCAGGUGGUCGUGCGAUGCAGACCUUUGUCGAACAAAGAGGAGGCUGGCAAUUUUCAGCGAGUCGUUGAGGUUUUUCCGUCACGGGGCGUCAUCGAAGUCGUGAAUCCGAGCGAAUCUAGCAAGGAAAAUCGUAAAAUGUUCACCUACGAUGCCGUUUACGACUGGAAUGCCACUCAACAAAAUGUCUACGACGAAGUUGUACGUCCUUUGGUGUCGUCUGUCCUUGAAGGAUUCAACGGUUGCGUUUUUGCUUAUGGGCAAACUGGCACCGGCAAGACAUUCACGAUGGAAGGUUUGCGCAACGAUUCCGAGCAAAUUGGUGUCAUCCCACGAACUUUCGAGCAGAUUUGGAGUCACAUCAAUCGCGCACAAAACAUGAAUUUUCUCGUUGCGGUCUCGUAUUUGGAAAUUUACAUGGAAGAGUUGCGCGAUUUGUUGAAGCCCAACACGACAGCUGUCCUCGAGUUACGGGAACGUGGCUCCGGAGUCGUUGUCCCGAACUUGCAUUCAGUUUUGUGCAAAAGUGCCGACGAAAUGCAGCAAGUGAUGCAAAAAGGAAACAAAAAUCGCACCACAGGUCGCACGAAUAUGAACGAACACAGCUCGAGAUCGCACGCGAUUUUCAUGAUAAAAAUUGAAAUGUGCGAAACGGGCGGCGAAUCGUCGACCGUAAAAGUGGGCAAACUGAAUCUCAUCGAUUUGGCGGGCAGUGAACGUCAAUCCAAGACUGGCGCAACGGCAGAUCGUCUCAAAGAAGCGAGCAAAAUUAAUCGCGCCUUGUCUUCACUUGGCAACGUCAUCAGUGCAUUGGCGGAAAAGUCGCCGCAUGUCCCGUACCGUGACUCCAAACUCACUCGUUUGUUGCAAGAUUCGCUCGGAGGCAAUUCCAAAACCAUCAUGAUCGCCAACAUCGGACCCUCGGAGUACAAUUACAACGAAACCUUGACGACACUCCGUUAUGCGCAUCGUGCCAAGACGAUUCAGAACAAACCGGUGAAGAACGAGGAUCCGCAAGACGCAAAAUUACGGGAAUAUCAGGAGGAAAUCGAACGUUUGCGGAAACUCAUUACGGAACGACAAACGCGCGAAAAGAGCUUGCCACGCGUCAAAAAGCCCAAAACGCCAAAGAUGCGCAAACACAGUAUCGAAUCGGAAGUUUCCGACUCGGAGGACACGACAACGGAAGAAAACGAAAAAGAGGAGAAAUUUGCGGCACUGGAUGCCGAAACGAAGGAAGCACUUAUACGAGAGAGAGAAUUGACUGGAGCGCUGGCCAAAAAACUCGAAGAAUUGGAAAGUCAGUUGGUUCGGGGUGGCAAAAAUAUCUUGGAUACGUACACGGAACGUCAAAUGGAACUGGAUCGAAGACUAACGGAGAUUGCGGAGAGGAAAAAACGCGAAAUUGAGAUGCAACAACAGCUGGAAUUGCAAGAGGAGAGCACCAUGGAGAUUCGGGAGACGUUUACGACGCUACAACAGGAGUGCGAACUUAAAACUAAAAAGUUGAAGAAAUGUUAUAUGAAGUGCAUGGCUCUCAAACAAGAAAUUUCCGACACAAAAGACGAACACAAUCGCGAUAGACGCGAACUCGAGUCCACCCAAAAUGAAUUGGUGAAGGAAUUGAAGCGACUCUUGCUGAUUAUUGACAAUUUCGUGCCAGCUGAAGUCAAAUCUCGUUUGUACAGCAGUGCACGUUACGACGAGGAGCAGGAAGAAUGGACGCUUUGCACAAAUUUAAUUAACGAAAAUCAGUCGGUGAGACGUCCCGUUGCCGUUGUCGGACGUCGUCGUCCCAUGUCAGAUCAUGCCUUGCAACAAAUUAAGCACAAAAGUAAGGAAGCCAUCCGUUACAAGGGCGAAAAUCUGCUAAAUUACGAGUUGGAUAUGCCAUUAAGGACAACUUAUGAAUAUAAAAAUCCAAAGGUUUCAGCUUCGUUGCAAGCGGUGCUGCAGGAAGCCAUGCAAACCGAAGAUGAUAUUGAUAUAACUGACUCGUUUGCGAACCAGAUGAAAAUGCGUCUUGACAAGAUCACGCGUCGCAAUGUCCAAGAAAAUACCGAUGCCGAUCAAAUUAAAGCUCGUGCAAAGUCAUCGCGUGCUUCAAGCAUGUCCCGUAGCACGUCAUCUCGCAGUAUUUCAGCGUCCCGUAAGAAUGUAACAACUGCUUAUCCCAAAGCCCGCGGUCUCAUACCAAAGUGAAAGGCAAACUACUAAAUAAUUACGACAAAAAAAAAAGUGUUAACUAAGGCAGCUAAAACAGGAAUAUUUAUUACUAGUCCCAAUUAUAGUUCAUAGAAUAGCUACUCACUUCACACAAGUACUACUAUAUAAACUGCUUCCUCACCGAAUCACAAAAAAAAACUAAUUACGCAAAAAAAGAAAAUUGCCUUGCAACUUCCACAUUUUCCUUCGUUCGAUUAAUGCUCAAAAAAAUUUUUUAUCAAAAAAAAGUGCAAUGUUGCCAUAAAUCCUUUAGUUUUAAGUUUUUUUUUUCCUUUAUAUGGGUUCCUUAUGUGAAGUUUCUUUUAAUUGUGAUCUCUAAUCAUCACAAACACACAAAGAUGUUAAACGCAUCAGUAUUUUUUGUACUUAUUUUUUUCUGUUGUUAAAUCUUAUUGAUUUAAAAAUUUAUUGUGAAUUAAUAUAUUAUUACAUUAUUAUUAUUGUUACCAUUGUUUUAACACAAACUCAAAUAAUAUGCACCUAAAUGACAUACUUAGGCUUAUUUAUAAGGAACUUCAGCAUCUACCAGUAAUU